GUUACUUGAUGGAUUUAAUUGAUCGAAGUUUGGUCUUGGUUGUCAGACGAAAGUCUACAGAUGGAAUCAAAGCAUGUCGUGUCCAUGAUAUGUUGCAUGAUUUAUGCUUAAAAAAAGCAGAGGAAGAGAAUUUUCUGCAACAAAUUUGCUGGUAUGAAGAAGUUUCGUCUUCUGGUUUCACGGCAGAUAAGCAACUUUUCCUACCUAUUGCAGCAAAGCAACGCCGCUUGUGUGUCCGUUCUCGCAUUUUUGGUGGCAUUUCUUCAGAGUUUUCUGCUCAGCACAUCCGCUCUUUCUUGUACUUUGGCUCUGAAAAGAAUCCAAUACCUCCUAAGGAUAUGUCAUUCAUUGAAAAAGGCUUCAAUCUUCUUAGAGUUAUGGAUUUAUUGAGUAUCAGUAUCUCCCAUUUUCCCUAUUCAAUUGCUCAGCUAGCUCUCCUGACAUACUUAGCGAUUAAAGGGAAGAAAUUUCAUCUGCCGGAUAAUAUAUCCGAAUUUCAGUACCUAGAAACUCUUAUUGUGUCAGGGGAAUUGUAUUACUUGCCCACUAGUGUUUGGGAGAUGGUAAAGUUGAGGCAUUUAUGUAUUGGAGGGGAAAAUGUUAUUCCAUAUUCAUCAAGAGUAUAUUCUCUCGAUGGCCUACAAACCAUCUCACAGGUAUGUGCUUCUAAAGGAUGCCAGAAUGUCUUAACAAGGACUCCAAAUCUUCGGAAGCUGGUGCUCUGUGGAAGUUUUGAAUCAAAGGACCAUGGUCUUUGGUUUCCUGACCUAGAGUUCCUAAACCACCUUAAAGUAUUGAAGUUGUUCAAUCGGUUCAUUCCUGAUGACCACACGUACAAUCUCCAAGGAGUUAAGUUUCCCCCAAAUCUUAAAGAGCUUACUUUAUCAAAAACUCAUUUAGCAUGGGAGGAAAUGUCAAUCAUUGGGUCAUUACCCAACCUUGAGUCUCUCAAAUUAGAAUUCCAUGCCUGUGUCGGACCACUGUGGGAAACAAGUGAUGGAGGGUUUUGUCGGCUCAAAUUCUUGAGGUUUUACUACAUGAAUAUUGAGCAAUGGAAUGCCUCCAGCAAUCAUUUUCCCGUCCUUGAGCAUUUAGUUUUGCACAGAUGUCGUAAACUCGAGAAGAUCCCAUCUGAUUUAGGAAAUAUAGACACACUACAGAUGAUUGAGGUAAGCUGUUGUAGCGACUCCGUGAUAUAUUCUGCCAAGCAAAUUCAGGAAUACCAACUGGACAUAGCAAAUGAAAUCCUGAAGAUCCAUAUAGUCAGUCCCCCGGGUUGGGAGCUCACACUAUAAGCUUUGAUGAGUGCUGGCAUAGCAUUUUAGUAAGUAGAACUCAUCCAAUGAUGCUCAUUUAUGUUUUUCUUUUAUCUAUUUAACAGUUGAAAUGUUAUA